AUGCGGCGCGGCUGCUCCGCCGAUCUGACCUGGCCGCAGGCCCUCAGGCUGUAUGCGCUCAAGGUCAUCCGCUCACUGCAAAUACACUGGGCGUACCGUCAGUUUCUGGCGGACACUCGGAACUUCCAAAAGGUUCAGGCAGCACUGCUGAUCAGCAUCGUCCGCGGUCACCAGAACACCGCUUAUGGCCGCGAGCACCAGCUCGCCUCCUCGCUCGACGUGGAGUCCUUCCGCCGCUCGCGGCCGGUCACCGAGUACGAUGACGUGAAGGCCUACAUCGACCGCGUGGCCGACGGCGAGACCUCGGCGCUGCUGGGCGACGGCGAGAGCAUAGAGAUGUUCACAACGACGUCCGGGAAAAUGGGCGUCCACAAGCGGUUCCCUCUAACGGCGGCGGAGGCGGAGCGCGCUGUUCGCGGCUGGAUGUUCAGCCCGACGCACCUGGCGCUCUGGCGCGACGUGGCACCGUGGAGCCUGCAGCGGGAGAUGCUCGUGAAGGUGGCAGAGCCGCCGGCACAGGAUCCCAUCACGGCGUCCGGCCACAGACAGGCGGGCUUGAGCGCCCUCCUGGCCAAGGCGGUCGGUCCUAUCGACCGCCUCAGCACCCCGGUGGUCGCUCUUGGUAUCGAGGGCGAGUCCGAGUCGCUGUACGUGCACGCGCUGUUUGGACUGCGCGACCGAGACCUCAGAUGUAUCAACUCAAUCUUCCUCUACAGCGUGGUGAGCCUGACCAAGCGGAUGCAUGAGCAGCAGGCGGACCUAGUGGCCGACAUCCGCCGUGGUCGGCUGAAGGACGAUCUCGCCAUCCCUGCCGCCGUACGUGCGCAGCUCGAGACCCAGCUGAAGCCGCUGCCUGUGUGCGCCGACGAAGUACAGCGCGCGUUUGCAGGGGGACCGACCGGCCUUCUGCCGCGUCUCUCGCCGGAGCUGCAGUUCGUUAUGGGCGCGUUCGCCGGGCUGACGAACGCAGCGUACCACCGUGAGAUGGCGCUGUAUGCUGGCAGCGUGCCGGUGAUCGCGCAGGUGUACGGCUGCUCAGAGCUCGGCCUCGUGGCCGCCAUCACAGACUUCCGGCGCCCCGAGCGACCCGUCUACACCCUUGUGCCUAAAGCGGCGUUCUUCGAGUUCCUGCCGGUGGUGGGCGACCGGAUCCAGGAACUGGCGGAGAUCGGUCGGCAGGAGCCGCUGCUGGCCGACCAGCUGCAGGAAGGCGGCGAGUACGAGCUGCUUGUCACUACCAGGGGUGGUCUGUGUCGGUACAGACUCGGAGACGUUGUCCGCUUUGUCGGGUACUUCAACCGGACACCACAGGUGGAAAUAUUAUAUCGCGCUGGGUACAUACUGAACGCGGGCGACGAGAUGGUAUCGGAGAAGGUAUUCUUCGAGGCGCUGGAGGAUGCGCUUGCCCUCUGGCCAGCGGACGUGCAACUCGUGGACUAUACGGUCGCUCCCAGUCAGCUGCUGCCGCUCUCCAAGCAUCAGCUGGCUCCCCACUUCCAUCUGUUUUUGGAGCUGGACGGACCGCUGCUGUCUGACGAACAGACCAAACUACUGCCGGCGGGCGCGUUCCGCCGCUUCCGGGACCACUUGCUGGCAACCACGACCGCCAGUCCCACCCAGUUCAAGAUGCCCCGCGUGGUGAGAACCGCGCAGGCGGCCGAGUGGCUCCUCAAGUGUCACCUCUGA